UACGCUUUAGGAAGUGGUUACACUUGGCCAAUUCCUGGAGUGACAGUAGAGUCGAGUCAAGUUUUUGGCGCCGUUGCCGGGGACGGCUAGGUUGUUGAGGAAAAGUGAUUUCUGUUAAUUUAGCUUUUCUUUUUGCUUUGUUUGCUUUGUCCCACUUGUGCCUUCACGGGUUUGUUGCUUGAGUGUGUGCAGGUAGUGCAUGACCCGUAGCCAGUCGGGAGGUUUACUGCCGUUGAAUCCAGAGAUUGACCGCACCUGUCGCCAGCUUAGGAGACAACAGCGAGCUAGACUGGCUACGGAAGAGCGCAUAGACGGCCACGUGAGCAGUGAUUCUGAAGAAGAGCACAGGAUGGACGGAGAGUAUAAUCCGCACCAGGGGAAUCCACAGCAGGUUCCCCCGGCGAAUCAGGUCCUGGGGAACAACCCCAUACCCCAGGAUCAUGGAGUUCAUCAUCCACCACAGCCGGGUCCCACCUUGGAGUACUACUACACUCCGCGGAUUGCUGACAUCCGCCCGGUCAUCCUCUACCCGCCUAUCCCAGCAAACAAUUUCGAGAUCAAGCCAUGCUGGAUUCAGCUCAUCACAUCCUCUAUCCAGUUCCAUGGCUUGAAGGAUGAGGAGGCCAGGGUACAUCUGUCCCGUUUUCUGCAGCUGACAAACGGGUUCAAGCUGAAUUGUGUCCCGGAUGAUGCGAUCCGCCUUCAUCUCUUCCCUCAUUCUCUGGCGGGGAAUGCUAAGAGGUGGUUGGAGACCCAGCCCCCAUUGUCCAUCACCUCUUGGGACGAUCUGGCGGACAAGUUCGUGCACAGGUAUUAUCCGGCAUCGAAGACUACAGAGAUUCAACGGGAGAUCACUCACUUCCGCCAGGAGCCAGAUGAGUCACUUUGUGAUGCAUGGGAGCGGUACAUGGGAUAUUUCUGGCAGUGUCCCCACCAUGGCUUCAGUGAUGCAUUCACAGUGGGAAACUUCUACAGCGCUCUCUCCCCAGAUAGCCAGAGGGUGAUUGAGUCUCUAUGCCCAGGAGGGGAUAUUCUCACUAAGACUCCACCCGAGCUGAACCAGAUGAUUAACACAUUGGCUGCCAGAGAUCAUUCCUGGGGGCAGAGCAGCAGAGGCAGACAUUCUAGGGAUCGUGGUGUGCACGCCAUGGAGUCCAGAUCCGGGCUCGAGCAGCAGGUAGCUGAGCUAGUGCAGACAUUGAAGCAGCCCAACAGUCUUAUUCCGGGCAGAGGCAUGGCUACACCUCCAGUUGCUCAGUGUCAGUGGUGUGAGAGCUCGAGCCACUUAGUAGAAGACUGCCAGGCUAUGAGGGAGUCUACUACUCCCCAGGAGCAGUUGGACUUCAUCGCCAAUGCUCGGCGCCUCGACCCGUACAGCAACACCUAUAAUGAGGGGUGGCGCCAGCAUCCCAACUUCUCUUGGGGCAGCAACACCACUAAGCCACCUGGUUUCCCAGCACCAACAGGUGGUUUUCAGCAGAGGCAGCCCUUCCAGGCUCACCAGGGGCCAGACCCACAGCAGCAGCCCUACCAGCCUAGGCAGGGGCAGCCAUUCCAGCAGCCCCAGCGCCAGUUUGCCGAGCCAGUAGCAGCUCCAGCCCCAGAUGACAGGAUGACGAAGCUGGAAAACAUUCUAGCUUCAUUCAUGACGAGCACUCAAGCGACUAUCACGAGGUUGGACCAGAGUGUAGCCUCACUGGAGGCAGGUCAGAGGAACCAGGGUGCCAUUUUGCAGGAUCUGCAGACCCAGGUGGGCAUCUUGGCCCGCCAAAACACUACCAGGGCACCGGGGACUCUGCCUGCCACCACUGUUCCGAAUCCUCGAGAUCCUAACCAGCUCCAGCAGCUUGAUGCCAUUUUUACCAGGAGCGGUAGGGCCAUAUCUGCUGAUCAUGUUCCGGCCAGACAGGAGGAACCACUGACUGCUUCAGCACUUCCAGCCGACGAUGCAGAAGUGCGGGUGGAGAAGGAAGCCCCUGCUCCCAAGCCACAACCAGUGGUUAAGGAGCAUGUACCCCAGCUUCCCUUCCCCACUCGCCUACACAAAGACAAGCUGGAGACUGAGUUUGCCAAGUUCAUGGCAAUGUUGAAGCAGCUCAAUAUCAGCAUACCGUUCAUGGAGGCACUGUCGAAGAUGCCCAAGUAUGCCAAGUUCAUGAAAGAUAUCUGCACCAACAAGAAGAAACUUGGGGAUCUCUCGACAGUGAUGCUGAGCGAGGAGUGUUCUGCUAUCCUGCAGAACAAGCUGCCCGAGAAGCGCGAGGAUCCAGGGAGUUUUACUAUCCCUCUUACUAUUGGCAGCAUGCAUGUAGGCAAGUCCUUGGCGGACCUAGGCGCUAGCAUUAACGUCAUGCCAUAUAAGUUGUAUAAAAUGCUAGACCUAGGUGAACUUAGCCCUACUAGGAUGAGCAUUCAAUUAGCUGAUCGUUCUAUCGUGCAUCCUAAGGGUAUCAUUGAGGAUCUGCUUGUUAAAGUAGGUACAUUCACAUAUCCUGUUGAUUUUGUUAUUCUUGAUAUACAUGAGGAUGUGGAUGUGCCCUUGAUUCUAGGUAGGCCAUUUCUUGCCACCGCCAAGGCACUAAUUGAUGUGCAUGAUGGUAAGUUGAUCUUGCGUGUUGGGAAUGAACAGGCUACUUUUUCUGUGACUGAGUUUGAUCACUGUGCUAUGAUUGCUGUCACGCCUGUGCAUGCUAUGUCUGAUCAGGUACACGAGUCUGUCGUGUACCCUUCUGCACCUCCUAUUUUGCAGGACCCUCCUAUCAUUCCUUCGCCACCACUCCACCCAACCUCGCCUCCGAACAAAAAGCUCAAGGAGGAGUGGAGGCCGAAGCAGCAGGUUGCUAAGCCUGCACGGAAGAAGAGUGGAGACCACUAUGAGCUGGUCCCACCUCCUGCACCACGACCACCCUGGCCGUCUGGGUACUCGCUCGCCUGCAUCUUGCCAGAUGGGCAGGUCGAGCUGACUGAUGAUAGUGGUCGCAUUCGUCGGGUGCAUGGCCACAACCUCAAGCUGUACCUCAAGAGCGACGUGGAUCCGCUCUUGGAGGCACCUGUUCCUGCACCGCCCUGAGUAUCCGCCAUGGGCGUCCAGCUAAUAUGACGGUAAAGAAGCGCUUGUGGGGAGGCAACCCCACCUCGGUUUGAUUUUCUUUCUUGUGUUUUGAGUCGGUUUUUAACCCGGUUUGGGUUUGGUUUGUUUUCUUUUGGUUUGAAUGAUAUUUUAUUGGGCUGACCGUUGAACCUAACAUAUUGUGUUUGAGCUCUUAUGUUUCCCUUUGGCUGUGCUUGCCCCGACUGGCCCGUUUCCAGUCCCCUGCAGUCCGUGCAUACCGGUAACAUCGUUCCCUUAUCCUUCCCUCUUCUCCAUUGAGGGCAAUGUUGAUCUUAAGUGUGGGGGGGUGUUUAUCUUUUGACUGCAUUAUAUCUGUUUGUGUGCUUGGAGCCUAGUCCACUGUCCAAAUUUUUAAAUUUGAGGGCUCCAAGUACGUGUCCCUUGCAAUUGCCUGCUCAGUAUGCUUUGAAUUGACAGUCUUUAUAGUAAUAUGCAACCUAGGGAGGUAGUGUAGCACUAUGGAGGAUGUUGAUGCAUUUAAGGAGUCUCAUUUCUUCUUCAUAUUGAGUUGGUUGAUUGAGUGAAUUAGUGAUCUUAGGACCCUUGAAUUGUGUGGUGUUGUGGAUUCUCUACCUGUCAUGGACUCUUGUAUCAUGUUUUGAGUUUAACAGGUGCUUGAAAAUGUGCUUCAAAAUAAACGUCUCCCGUGCGA